AUGGAGGACACCGGGUACCAGCACGUCAGAAGAACAGAGGACGACCUUCUCGCUCUGCUGGUCGACACUAUUCAGAGAAUUACAGCUAUACGACGGUCCAGGGAUGGGAAAGGAGAGACGGGACAGGAACUGACCGUGAGCGUAGGAGGGCGAGAGGAGGUUGCAGACAGGGAGGUAAAACAGAAAGUUGUGGGAGUGAUGAGGGAGAUGAGUGUUUGUCAUUUAGAAAGAGUGACAACCUGGAGAGAGGCGCUGAGAGCAGCUGCCUGCAUGUUUGGUCUUCCACCACCAGAUGGCAAUGAUGAGCAAUGUCCACCUACAACAAGAGAUGUGACAAGAGAGCAUAAUUCAGAAUCUAAAGUUGGGUUUUGUGCAGACCCCUUCGGCAACACUCUUCAGAGCGUUGCAGAUGACAUAGAAGACAUUAUGGACAGACUGAACACCAUCAUUACCAAGUUGGGUGCGGAAGUCAUCACGCUGUGUGCAAGCGAGGCCUCAACCGUGGAUGCAGACACGUCACCGAACACGAAACAAGGCGAGAUGUUGGUACUUCAGGGUGACCCCGUCCACAGCCCUGGCGGAUGUGACUGUGGACAUACCCAGGGUGCUGAUGAUGGAGACACUAUAAAGCAUACAAAGCCCACAGACACUCGCGUGUCAGUGGAAACUGAGAGAACAUCCACUUCCAUAUCAGGCGGUCCUGACUGCAGUGAUGUUGGGGUCAAAGGUCAAAAGACCAAUACCAGGGAUACCAGGCGUACAUCGCCAGAGACCCUGACAGAUUUUGCAAAGGAGACAGAAAAGGGCAAACAGUUAGAAGAUGAUGAAGUCAAAGACGAGAAGAAUUCUGAAUGGAUUACAGUUGGGCUCACAGGUCAGCAGAAGGAGGGGCGGUUCGACAUACACGGUGUGUGCUUCGUCACGGCUCCGGCAGCCACGGUGAAGGUCAUGACCUGUGAGGUGGCCGACGCCCUGAGCUCCAUGGUGGUGACUGGCUCAGAGGAGCUAGUCAGCAGAGUGAUCAGGAUCAAAGUUCAAGAUGGAACCCGCCUUCAGUUCCCAGUGACCGUCAUCGUGCCCUUCCUGGCCCGUUACCGCGGCAAUUACAGGGAUGUAGUGGUGAAGGUGGUGGACAGGGAGCGGAGGGUGAACUACAUCACCCCUGUAUCAACAGAGGGCACCUAUGGAGGGCAGAGGGGUUCAUUUGCGGAGGUGAGGGUGUACUCCUUGGGCAUCUUUGCCGUGGUCUCUUGCUUGCGGGCAGAAAACUACACCGUUCCCAGGAACGGUCUGUCUCUUAAACUCCCCAUGGACCCCCGUGUGUGUUUGGACUACCUUCCCGGAUCCUUCACUGCGCCCGUGGUGGCCCGGGCCGUGAUCCAGCCUGUGGAUGCCAACCUACUGACUGCCCUCAAGUCCAGAAACGAUGCAUACCAGCUGGUGGUCUCCACCAGCCCACUUCUCUACCUCAUCCACCCCUGUUCCCAGCCCCUCCGCCGACCCCUCACCCUCACCCUCCCAUGUCCUCCCGACCCAGUAAAGAGGAACGCGAGACGGGUGGACGAAUCCGAACACUCCACCAACAGGCCCAUCAGUGCUGCUCAGCAAUGGGAUCAACCUGCCCUGCAUAGAGCAAGUGCCUCCAUAAAGCCUGCUGGGGAGAAGUCCAACGAGCUGCUGGUUCUCCUUGGCUACAGAGACAAACAGUGGGGCAUCCUGGAGAAAGUCACUGUGAGGAACCUGCAAAAUGGACUGGUGUCCUUUGAGCUAACGGAGAACUUUGAAAGGCUGCUGGCGGUGCGUCUCCACACCUCGGUCCAGUCCUGCCACCUCCUCUCCCUGGCGGAGGAGCUGGAGGGGUCGGUCGGCCGUCACACGGCGGCCGUCGUCCUCCUUCACCAGCGGGAGGAGCGCCACACCGUCCUGGUGGCCAUCCUGCCGGGCCGGGAGCUGAGCUGGGAGCUGACCAAACUGAGGGCCCGGGGCUACAGCGGGGCCCCGGGCCCUCAGCCAGAGAUCUCCAUGUGCGAAGGGGAUCAACUGCUCCUCUGUUUCAGCGGCAACAUCACCUCCACCGGGACCCAAAACAACCAAAACGGCAUCCCAUGCGAGUGCAUCACAUUCCACAGUCAGUGGAAAAACCGCCUCUUGCUGAAUCUGACUGAAGUGGACCCGUUUGGAAACCACAGCUCUCCUCAUUACAAAGGCACGGCCAUCUUUUAUAAAGUCUACAGAUCUCAGCUGGCGUGGCAGGGUGAUGAAACCAUCUCGCCAAACGUAAAGCUCCUGGGAGAUCCCGUCUGUAAGAUAUCUCUGACUUUGCCGAAGAAAGUAAGAACCGUCAAUCAGCCCAUCGGUACCAAAGUGAAGCUCUUUGAGGAGACAGGGUUUCUGUCAGACUCACUCCUCCUCUGGCUGGCCGGAGAGCUGUCAGAGGAGGAGGUUCCCCUGCUGGCUCUUUCUCUGCACCUCCGCCGCAGCUCCACCCAGCUGGUGAAGCUCCGGGCUGGGGACAGCCCAUCUGCCCAGGCCUUCCAGCUCCUGGUCCUGUGGAGACGGGGGCAGCCAGCCGGCCCACACCCGGCCAAAGCCUCCCAGUUAGCCCGAGGCCUGGCGAAGAGCGGCCGGCCAGAUCUGGCCCAGGCACUGCUGCAGAGACACGCUGCAGCCGCAAAAGGCAGUGCACAAGAAUAG